CAGGCGGUCUCCAUUUGGAAUGUGCAAUCGCAGCAACCGUAGCGCGCUAGCGCAUCAAAAGUGAACAUGCUCCGUUGGGUGCAAAAUUUUCGUUGGCGCUCGCUACGGUCGGGCUUAAAAUCGAAGCUUGCAAAAUCCCCGUCAGAAGGGGAUCGUCGCAUCGAGGACAACCACUCGCCGAAUACAUUAUCGGGCAGCUGUCCCUGUCACGUGCGGCUAGCGAAGGAAGCGGAUAGCCCGGCCAUCGUGCAGUUUGUGCAGGCGAUCCUGCUGCACCACGAACCGCUCGUUCGGUCGCUCCACGUGUGUCGCUCCAGCGCAAGCGAGUCCGGACUGGCCGACUACAUACGGGUGCUGCUGCCGGACAGCUUCACGCUGCUGGCGGUCAACCCCGUGCAGCCCGAACAGAUCGUAGGCAUUGCGAUUGGGCGGCGCAGCUGCCACUGGGACGGCAAGCGGCUGAUCGAGCGUGCGGAUCGAACGCGCUGUGACCAGCUUCGUAAGCUGCUUUACAUCUGGUCCAUCGUCGAGGCGGAACCGAACCUGCAUCAGCACUUUUGCACCCGCUGUCUGUUUGAGAUUGCAUUUCUCGCGACGGCCAUCGAUGCACAGCGCCGGGGCAUUGGGCUGCACCUGACGCAGCGUUCGGUCUCGCUGGCCCGAGACUUGGGAUUCCACUUCGUGCGGAUGAACUGCACCUGCGAGUACAGCUCGCGGGUGGCCACGAAAGCCGGCCUCGAGUGUCACUGGACGGUGCCGUACCAUCAUCUCGUCGACAGCACGGAGCAGCCGGUCGCGCUGCCGGACCCGCCCCACACGCAUAUCAAAGUGCACGCGAUGGCCCUGUUUCCCGACGCUGUCCAUUAAAUCCUCAUGCAGGUAAUUAAUGGCAUAAUUGCAUUUUUGCUUUCACCAUUCUGCCAACAUUGCGCACGUGUUCGGCAAGGCCUACUACCGCCAUCCCCCGUUGUUUUAUAUCACUGGAUGGAGGGGGGGGGGGGGGGUGUACUG